UAAUUUCUCUCUGCCUUGGCAUUUUCAUCCUAGUGCUCGUUCUCAUGGUUGUGCCGUUGAUGCCGAAUGGUAGUGACCCUGGUGUGUACUUGGCGCGCAUUAAUAACAGAGGAGCAGAGGUCUCUGUCUUAGAGAAGAUCUCAAGCAGAGGCAGCGAUGGCCGUAGCGAUGGUGUUGAUGGUCUUUAUUCCGGUGAAGAAGAUGCGAUGAGAGUAGGAGUAGGAGGGGUAGGAGGAGGAGAAGGAGGAGGAGGAGGAGGAGUAGGGGGGGGAGGAGGAGAAGAGAGUGGGAGUGAUAGGAGUACACCAACAUUCGAAAUCGAAGAUGAAGUAGGGCCACCUACUGGAACUGGUCGUGUGGAAGAGGGAGGAGGAGGAGGAGGAGGAGGAGAUGGAGGAGGAGAAGGAGAAGGAGAAGAAGAAGAAGAAGAAGAAGAAGAAGAAGCUGAGUCGAGACAGGCAAGGAUCGAGGGAUUGAAGAAAGCUUGGGAGGUGUGUUUCCUUGAUUCGAAGGGAGGAGGAGGCCAGGGGGGGAGUGGGAGUAGUGCUGGAAGGCCUGGGUGUAGGGUUUAUCAGCCUGGCAAUUCGGACAACAAUGGGGUAGUUAACAAGCAGGGCACUUCUCAAUCAAGCGCGCAAUCAUCAUCAUCAUCAUCAGCAGCAGCAUCAGCAUCAUCAACGUUUUCUUCGGUUUCGUCAUUGAUUGCUUCUUCGUUAUUGGAAAGAGGGGUUCCAUAUGCGCCGCACAUUCAAGACUGCAAAGCGUUGGAUCGGAGGAACAAGAAGAUGGACAGUAGGGGUCGGGACGGGUCGCUACCGAUAUGGAUGGAAGGAGCGGGGCUAGGACACGUGUCGAGCGAGCGGGCUCUGUCUACAGGACUCUAUCUUAGUCCGAUUCAGGCUCGAAGAAAAGAAAAGAAAAGAAAGAGUGAGAUUGAGAGUAGAAUCGUUAUGCAGCGGAGGCAGGAGGGGGUGGAGAUCGAUGGGGGGGCGGUCUCUAUGGAGCAGUGGUUAGAUGACAGGAUCGAGGAGAUGUUGGAUGUCAUGUGGGAGCUGGAGGAGGGGCCGGAUCCCCGGCUCGAACCCUACAUCGGCUGGAGGCGGGCGGAUGAUGGGAUGUAUGUGUGUAAAGCCCUCUUUAUAAAGGGCCGCAAUAUUCGCAAUCAGUUGGAGGGUGAGAUGGGUGAUAAGGGCGAGGGCGGAGUGGAUGCCAGCGGAGAUAAAUGCGGCGACGACACUGGCGAUAGCAACAGAAGCAACAACAACAACAACAACAACAACAACAGCAAUGACGACGACAACAACAACAUCAGCAACAACGGCGGCGAUGCUGGGGGUGGCAACAACAACAACAACAACAAUCACAACAACAAUAAUGAUGAUGGUGGUAGUGACAACGAUGGUGGCGGCAACGAUCACGGCAGCGGCAACAACAACAACAAUAACAUUCACUACAGCGGCAGCAGCAGGGUUGAGAGCGGGGUUGGGGAUGACAUCAACAACAACAGCGACGAUGCCGAUAGUGUUGACGACGGAGGCAGCGAUGACCACGGCAGCAGCGGGGCUGAAAGCCUUAGCACGACGGGUGUGAUGCCGCAUGCUGAAGUGGAGGGGAUUGGGAUUGAUGUGGAUAAGAGGUUUGCCAUCGUCGUCUGGUUGAGGAUAGGAGUACGUGGGACUGAUGAAGAUAAUCUUGUAAUGACACGUCGCGCCCAGCAUGACAUCUGGGUGCAUCAGCACCCUAAGAACUGCAGCGACCCUUCGGUGAAAUUUCUGGUGAUGGACUUUGGAAAUGUGAAGGCCUGGGGGACAGGCGCUCAAGUGAAUAGAAUGCUUGGUGGCCUGGCCAUUGCGAUGAGGACGGGGAGAGUUUUAGUGACCAUUGGCUUUGAAAGAGCAAAUCAUGAAGGGUGUAAGGGGUUUCAGCGCAACAACUGGGCGUGCUACUUUGUGCCAGAGACUACGUGGGAGUGCAGGCGGCAAGCAAUUCUGCUUCUGAGGAUGAGCCCACAAGGCAAUAGAGUGGUUACACCAGCGCACUUCAAACAGGAAGAGUUCUGGUUCCCGCGACCACCAAAUAUUUGGGGGGAGCCAUGGAAAGUUAUGCAGCGUACCGAUCAGGUAAAAGGGAAAAUUGUUGCCCAGACGAAGGUUGAUCAUAUUUUCUGGUGGCGGUCUCAAGCCAUCCGCUACAUGAUGCGCUUUCCGAGCGAAUACUUGUGCGGUGUUCUCAAUCGUGCCCGUCACGACGUAUUCGGCGACAUCGUCGCUGAAGAAGUAGUAGACAGUGGUGUUUAUGAGCAAGUGCUCACCGCAGCGGAGGAAGAUAGCGCCGAUCGCAGUUCUGCCGAUGUUCGCGAUCGAAGGGACCAGUCAAGCAAGGAUAAGGGGAACCCUCAUGACCUCCACACAGGCGGUGUCGAUGACGGAACCGCUGGGCGAAAACUCAUGUCGCCCGGCGCCACCAAUGCUUACAGGAGGAGCAGGAGGGAAGGAUCGCAUGCUGCCAUUCGCCUUCAUGCAAGGCUGGAGCGACGACUGUUGGCUCGACCGCGUGCACCAGCACGAGGAGCGAGAAGAGGCAACAACCAACGGAGGAGAAGAGGAAGUCGAGCUGGCCAGCAGAAACCGAAGAGGGCACCGGUUUUCGAUCAAGGAGGCAAACUGAGCAAUGACAGUUUAGAGGGGGUUGUCUGGAGUCAGUCCGAGCCUUUCGUUCCUCGGCCAAUCAUUAGCGUGCAUGUUCGGAUGGGCGACAAGGCUUCUGAGAUGAGGAUUGCACCUUUUGAAGAGUACAUGGACCUUGCUGCAGAGAUUCGCCGAAGGUUUCCCGCUGUGAAGAAUAUCUGGCUCAGCUCCGAAAUGCAGGAGGUGAUUGACAAGUCGAAGAACUGCACGGGGUGGAAGUUUUUCUACACUGACGUGAAGCGGCAGACAGGAAGCGAGAGCAUGUAUCAAUACGAGGCGAGUGCCGGUCGGGAGACGAGCACGAACAAUGCGUUCGUGAACCUGAUGAUUGCUUCGGAGGCUGACUUCUUCAUUGGUGCUCUUGGUUCCACAUGGUGCCUUUUGCUUGACGAACUUCGCAGCACGAAUGGACGACUGCCAGCAGGUUAUCUCAGUGUGAACCGCGACCGGUUUUGACAUGAACAUCUUGAGAGCGUGAAGGAGGACAUCUACGAUCAUCGGCAUAUUAGUCAGACCUUCGGCGUCACCCGCUUCGUGUCCUGAGGUUGAGUUUGAGUUGGCUGCAAACCGUUGCAUGUGCUUUUGUAACUUUUUGGCAAAUUUUCGCGGACACAAACAUGUUGAGAACGUGGAGGACAAAGUUUACGAUCAUCCUCAUGGUCAGACGGACUCAGACCUUUCGGCGUCGCCCACUUCGUGUCCCAAGGUUAAGGUCAAGGUUCAAUUGAUUGGAAGAUCGGUUUCACGGGUCAUCGAGAGGAGGUGGCAGAAAUAAUAUGUGGUCGUUGCGGUGAGCUCAGAGCCUGUGUACAUAGUCAGGAAGUCAGGCAGAUGCAACAGAAGGAUGGUGGGUAGGCUGACUACGGCUGCUGACGGAUUGAUUCCCCUUGUCUUUUCCCCGGCGUCAGAAUUUAAGAAGAUUUCCACACCCCCACCGGCCUUAUAACCGACCGGGCCCUUGAGAAUAGAACAAGGCCACAUACGGUUGCAGAUGUGAGAGCAGUUGGAAUUUUUUCUUAAAAAAUGUCUUACCGUUUUACGCAUUUUUUUUACGGUCGUGAAGGUGCAAAUCAUCAGACCUUUUCUCACAUAUUUUUUCAAAGGGUAGUCAGUGGAGUAAUUCCCACUAGAUAAAAUUUGGUGGGUAUGUGGGUACGUCGAGAGGUAGGUGCAUUGGUAGGUGAGUUGGCCGAUAGAUUGACAGGCCGGUGGAUCUGUCUGAUUAGGUAAGUAGGCCGAUUGAUUGUUGAUUGGCACGUGGAUGUGUCUUUGUCCGAUCUCUUCGACAAUAGUUAAGUGUUUAUCUGGGGCGGAUGCCUUGUUUGGGGCGCUUACACAGUANUUGAUUGGCACGUGGAUGUGUCUUUGUCCGAUCUCUUCGACAAUAGUUAAGUGUUUAUCUGGGGCGGAUGCCUUGUUUGGGGCGCUUACACAGUAUUGUUAAAGGCAAAUCUGGCUUGAUUGGCACGUGGAUGUGUCUUUGUCCGAUCUCUUCGACAAUAGUUAGUAUUUAUCUGGGUCAAUGCCUUGUCUGGGGCGCUCUUACACAGUACUGUUAAACGCUAUUUUGGCUUGAUUGGCACGUGGAUGUGUCUUUGUCCGAUCUCUUCGACAAUAGUUAAGUGUUUAUCUGGGGCAGAUGCCCUGUCCGGGGCGCUGAUAGAGUACUGUUGAAGGCAAAUCCAUGAUGAAUGUGUCGGUACACUGCCUAUGUGCUGAAACCGCCCCCGAGUAUCCAAUGAUGAACGCGUCGGUGCGGACAAUGAGCAGGGAAGGAAGUCAAAGACCGUAAAGCCUCGACGACUGCACGCCAGAAAUCCCAACCCAAUCAUAUAAGAUGGAAUGUAUGACAUGACGAUACCGUCCGAACUUCCAGGAAGGCGCGAGUGGAAGCUCAAGCGUUUGGUGGCUUGGGAUCUAAUCAAGACUCUGUGCGUCCCGGCUCAGGGGGCUUUAUGUAUCAACAAAGUGUAGGUACUUUACGUAAGUCUUAGAGAGGAGGGAUGAAGUUUCGUUCCAAGAAUCAGUGAAGAUUAUGUGCUUGUUUCAGCCUUUCAGUGGAUGUACACAUAUAUGCGUAUGUGCCUUUGUGUACGUUUGUAUAUAUGUGUAUAUCUUGCUGCGUUCAUUCAUUCACGCAGUGUUCCUUCAGAGAAUCUUCUGAGUCUCUUCGCCAUAAAUGGAUGGAAGUCUGUCGAAUCUGUGUCGAUUGGCCGUCCAUAUUCCGAGUACGAUUGAUUCACCCGCAACUCCGAAUUGAUUACGGGUCUUGCUCCACCACUCACCAAAUGAACAAAAGACGAAAAU